AGUCCUCUGCAGUCAUUUCACUGAACAGCUAAAAUGUCUCUAACAGGUAAAUCCGCAGUGGUUACAGGAGCAGGGCUAGGAAUCGGAAAAGCAAUGGCGGAAAUUCUUCUGCUGAAUGGUGCAAAGGUGGCCAUCCUGGAUGUGAAUAAAACCGCAUUACAGAGUCUCAAGGAAUCCCUGAAAAAAGAACAUGGACCAGAGAAGACCUUGUUUUUGGAGUGUGACGUGGAGUCUGAGCAGCAGCUCACAGCUGCCUUCCAGAAAGCUGCUGACACUUUUGGAGGAGUUGACAUCUUGGUCAACAAUGCAGGUGUUUUGGACGAGGCUGCGUGGGAGAAAACUAUCUCCAUAAACAUUGUGGGGGUCAUCAGAGGAACAUACGUGGCUCUGGAGCACAUGAACAAGUUGAGUGGAGGUCGAGGAGGAGUCAUCAUCAACACAGCAUCCAUGGCAGGUCUCGUCCCUUUGCUCUUUUGUCCUGUCUAUACAGCGACCAAGCACGCCGUGAUUGGCUUCACUCGGUCCAUCGCGGCUGCUGCUGAGUUGUCAGGUUAUGGGAUACGAUUCAACGCCAUUUGUCCUGGGUUCGUUCAGACUGAUCUUUUCUCCAACAUCCCAGUCCGGAUUGGACAAUAUUCUCACCUGAGUGGACAAUACCACCAGAUGGUGGCUCUCCGUGGGGUCAUCAACCCGUCUGAGGUGGCCGAGGGUCUCCUCAAGCUGCUGACGGAUGAGACCAAGAAUGGAGAGGCGCUCCUGGUGAUCCCACACAAACAGGAAUACGUGGCUUUCCCAGAAUUCCUUCCUAUAACUGAAUGA